AAUACAAAUCGUGAAACCUCGUCAACUACCCGCCCGAAGAGUUUGGCACAGUUGUCCGCAGCUUCAAUUGUACAGCAGAAGCAGCCAACAGUAGCGUACUAGCUGAGAAAGGGCAUAUGUCUGUAGGAAUUUCGCGCCGUUUGCGAGCUUGAGAUGAUAAACAAUAGGGAAACAGCGUGCAUAAACAGUACAGAAUCAGAGACUGAUACUUGUCAAACGUCAAACUUUAUAGCUUCAUCUACCUAGCGGGACCUAACUUCAUACUUCACCAAACUUAGCUUCAAUCUUCAUCUCUCUACUUGUCAAUUCAUAUGCCCGGUCCUAGUACUAGUAGUACAUUUUGGCCUACAUUUUUCAUAUUGUUUUGUCAUUGAUUGACAUUGUUUUUUAGAUUACAACGCUGCACGCUGAUUGUUAUUAAUCGUCGAUAUUGAGUCUUUUUGCUGUCAUCAAAAUGCCGAAACGACCGAAUCCCUUCUCUGGUGACUUUUGCCCUUUUCAACUGAAAACAUUUGUGACUCAACGACAAGUUAAUAUGGGGGUCAACAAGGAAGCAAAUAUGAAAGUGGUCUAUGAUCGCACAUUACAGCUUUUGAGAGAUGGUCAGAGAUCUAUGGCUGCUCAAGGUCAAGAGGUCGAGAUGAUGGAAGACAAUCCUGUACAGAAUAACAAUAAUCCCACAACUAUUACGGCUAGUCCAAGCCCUCCAUCAUGUCACAACGAUCAGUAUAGAUUGAGCAUGUCAGGACAACUAGUUUACAGUAAUUCUCCCCUUAAGAGUGUUAACAAAAAACAAGAUUAUUCAAAGGUACUUUGUGUAGUUUGUCAAAACCCUGGUAUGCCAGUUCACUUUGUCUGUGCUUACUGUGAGAAGAAUUUGUGCUAUGGAUGUAGAAAAAUCUGUGUCAACUGUGAGAGUGGAUUCUGCACAAGUUGCUCAACAGUCAAUUAUGAUGAGAGAUGUGACAGGGUGUUCUGCUUGAAUUGCUCAUACUGAGGAUGUGGCAAUGUAAACCUUGAUGUUGGGAAAUCUGUUGACAUGAAGAUCAAUUCCGUUUGGACCAGGAUCUGAGCCUGUCGGAUAGAGGAAGUUCAUCAAAGUACAUGUAUACCAUUGUUGAUGACUGAAAUAACAGGUGACUUUUGCUCUUUGCUCGACAGUGUAAACAUGAAAACAAACUGACUUUGUUUCAUAUCCAUAUGACAUCAAUGUAUUUUGUGCCAAAGAGAAUACUGUGCUAAUUUUGAAAGUGCCUGUAGUGAAGCUUGAUACAUGUAUUUACUGAUUUUUACUCUUACACUGUAACUCAGUUUUGUUGACCUUUACAUGUGUUUGAUCUCCAGGUUAUUUAAAAUAAUGGAGUGAGUCAGUAUAUGUUCAAAUAUAGUUUGCAACUUUGCACAGUACCUUAAAAUGUCAUGUUUCCAUUUGGACUCACUGCAUUGUUGCUACUAGAUUCAUUGAAUAGUUAUGAAAUAAGUCCAAUAGUGUUCUUGACAAUAAAAGUGUGUGAAGUCAAAUCUAAUAAACAAAAAAGGGAUAUAGACAGGGCUCCACACUAACCCUUUUUUUCUACUGGUCCAACAUGUUCAUGUCAGACCAGUAGAUAUCCAGUUUUUCCAUUGUAAUACUGGUCCCCAAAAUAAAGAAAAACAUAAAAAAGACUUGAGUUUAUUUUGCUUUCUUUUAUUGCCCCCCCCCCCAAAAAAAAAAAAAAAAAAAAAAAAAAAAUACAGUACAGUACACACACACAUGAGAGCCAUUUUUCAAUUUUGGAGAGUCAUUUUUAAGAUGCCAGAGCCAGUUUUAUAAUUUACAAAAGAGGAGAAAAUAACAUUUGUAUCAGUUUGAUACAUGUAUACUUUUUACUGGUCAUGUCAGACCAGUAAAUCUGGAUAUUUCUAAAAAGUUACUGGCUCAACAGCAAUUUUUACUGGUCUGGGAUCGUCAAACCGGCACCAGUGUAGCAGUAUAGCAUUUCUGGUAAAGAAAGAUUAGAUGAUUUAGGCUACGUGUCCAUAUUUGAUAAAGAUAACUUGGGAUCAAAGCAAUCAGAUAUUAAAUGUUUAAUUAAAGCCAAAUACAUUUAUGUGAUUAAUUUUCCUAUGAAUUGUAAGUGGUAUAUCCAUUUGCUGCAUCUUUUCAGUGUCAUGGUUUUUUUUUAUACAUUUUCUUGCAUUUGAAAAGCAGGGUACUGUUUGAAUACCGGUACUGGAGGUACAUCAUAAUGAUAACAAGAAGUGAACAUGCAGUUUUACAUAAGUACAUGUAGGCAUAUGCAAGCUAAAGUGUACAGGUACAUGUAUAUUGGGAAGGACUUAGGUAAAGUGAAUAAUGAACAAGUCUCUUUAUUACAGGGUCCAGGAUUCAAAUCAGGUCACAUGUUUCUUUAUUUCCUUAUUUACAGAAAUUAUUAUUUUUCAAUGCAUGAAUGCCAUAAUUUUAAACACGAUGAGUAGUAUUAUUAAAAAAUCAAUGUGAAAUAGUAUUUCAUGAGCACUUUGUAUAAUUUCACAUGUUACUUUGGACACUGAGAGAUUAAAUUAAAGCCCAAUCAAGAACUAAUUAGGACAUUUAGGAGGGAUUUCGAAAAAGUACGAAUAUAAAGAGAUAUUGCAUGAAUGCAUAAUAACCAUUUGUAUCUUUGCUCUGCGUUAUAAUGCCAAAUCACUUGGCUGAAAUACUCCCCAGGGAGUGGAUAUUGUGCAUGUAUGUAUUUUAUGUAAAGCAGAACCUACAUGUAUUUGUGGCAGCUACAUGUAUAUGUACAUGUAUGAUGUCAAAGUCUUUAAAGCUCUUUUUGAAAUCAUUGUUACAUGUAUAAAUUGUUAGUAAUAUUAAUACUACUGUGAUUUGAAAAAUUGUAUAAAUUGUUACAGACAUAUAUAUGUUACCAGAUCAGUAGAUGUAAAAAUGUAUGAAAAGAUUGCUGAUAUUCAAAUUGAUGUAGAAUUGUUUGAUUUACAUUGAAUUACGUUUUUGUGUUUUGAUAUUGUCCACUUGAAUUUUAUGCUUUAAUUGUAGUAAGAUUAAUUUGAAUGAUAUAAAGUUCUAUUUUGUGUUUUGAUUUGGUUUCCUUGUGUAUUUCUUUGUAAUUUCAUGUCGUGUAAUUGUUAUGAAUACUUUUUUUUUACAAUGUUGGUAAUUACAAGGGUUUGUUUAUGUGAAAUCAUUAAAAUGUCAUGUUAUGUAUUACCAUGUAACUCAACUGCUGAAUCUUAUUUCAGAGACUUACUCUGAAUAAUGACUUUCCUCACAUGUAUUUCAUGAUCUUGUUGUAACAUAGAGAUGUGGAGUGCAAAGAGUUGUUACUUGUACAGUAUAUUGUACAUUUGUGAUGUAUAGAUGUAUCUCAUAUACACAUUGCUUUUCUACUUUUAGAAAUAUGCAAAAGACUGUUGCCACCUUUUCAAUCCAAAGCAGGAAUUGCUCUAGUUUUUAUGUAUUUGCAGCGAUAAAAUCACGUUUACUUUGUUUUUUACAAGAGCGCACAUUCUCUGUUUCCCUAUAAAAAAAUACUAUUGAAAGCGGCAUCCCAACUUCCAAGUUAAUUUGGUCAAAAAUUCAAUGUCUUGACUUUUAACGAGACUAAUCACCUCGUAACUGAAAACACAAAAAUUCAGACUACUAGGACAUGAUUUUUCUUUGAGAGAUCUGUAAAAUAAUCACAUCUGAAAUUACUAUGUACACAUACAUGUAGUUAUAUGCACUGUACAUGCAUUUUGGUUGAAAAAGCAGCAGAUUUUUCAAACUUAAUAUGCUACACUGAUAAUUGUUUUCAUAUAUUUUUGUAAGAUGAAAUGAUGUGACUUGAUUGUUUGUACAAUAAAUAAAAUGGCCUAUCUGAUAGGCUAUGAAUGAUAUGAAUAAAUAAUACUUUAUAAAUGCUCCUUUA